GGAGACGUCAUACAAUCAUGGCUGCCAACAGCACAGCUGUGAUAGUUCUUGCUCCGAAUGGUAGGAGGCAGACGAUUAAAGUCUUACACAGUACCCCGCUUCUACAGGUUUUGGAAGAUGUGUGCAAGAAACAAGGCUUCAAUCCAGAUGAAUAUGAUCUUAAGUUUCAGAGAACAGUUCUGGAUUUGUCACUGCAGUGGAGAUUUGCCAGCCUUCCCAACAACGCUAAGCUGGAGAUGGUGCCAAGUACCCGGCAAAGAGCUGGAGUGGAAAGCACAGUUCGCAUUGCUUUGCAGUUAGAAGAUGGUUCAAGACUGCAGGACUCCUUCUGCUGUGGACAGUCGCUGUGGGAGCUCAUAAAUCAUUUCCCACACACUAGGGUGCCUGAGCCACAGCUGUCGGGAUCCACUCCAGUUUGUGUUUAUAUGAGAGAUGAGGUCGCUGGAGAGGAAGCGCUGAAGAAAACGACCCUGAAAUCCCUUGGUCUCACGGGUGGCAGUGCCAUCGUCAGAUAUGUGCUGAAGAAAUCAAAGUCCCCUGGACAGGGUGAGCCUUUGGAAACGGGCAGUGUAUCUGCCGUGAAGAAGGAAGAAAGGCCAGAGACAGCAGAUCAGUCUCCCCCACCUGACCCAACGCCCAGGCCGGUGGUGUCGCCUGCGCUUGAGAAGACCGCGCCAGAGCCCUCUGCAAAGAAGCCAGUUGCUAUUCCCUCUCCAUUGCGCGGUGAUGCCACAGAGGCCAGCGGAGAUGUAGCAAUCCUGGGCGAUCCGAAACCAAAAGGCGCAGAGAAUGCACCAGUAAAAGACCGUGUCAUUGAAACUCAAGAAUCUGAGCUGAAACCGUCUUCGGAAACCCCCGGUCCCUCAACUGAGUUGCCUUCCAGGAUGAAGCCAGCCUCGGCCCACGCUCCAAAUCCAAGCACCUUUGUGCCAUUUUCCGGAGGGGGGCAACGGCUCGGAGGGCCAGGUGCUGGGGGUCCCGCUGGGGGGAGCGGACAGCCAAACUCAAGCUCUCUGACCUCCCUCUCCAGCCCUGGAGGGCCCCCCAAGGCCAAGAAACCCAAGCCCAGCAGUGAGUCGAAGGGCCCAGUGUGUGCUAAACACGGUGAAUGGGACAUUGAACAGGGAGAAGAAUUUUUAGAGCCUGUGGACAGGGAUCCAUUGGUCUUUCACAUGGAUGCUGGGGAACGCGGGCACAGCAACAGCGUAGACCUGCCCGAUGAGUUCUUCGAGGUGACCGUCGACGACAUCAGGAAGCGGUUUGCGCAGCUGAAGAGCGAACGGAAGCUGUUUGAAGAAGUUCCACUCAUGACAAGGGCUCUGCGGGAGUCUCAGAUGAAGGAGAAGAUGGAGAAAUACCCCAAGGUGGUUGUGAGAGUCCAGUUUCCAGACAGGCAUGUUCUACAGGGUUUCUUUCGGCCCCUGGAGACAAUCGGUGCUUUGAGAGAGUUUGUGAAGAAGCACUUGGAGGAUCCACAGCUCCGCUUCUACUUGUUUAUUACUCCUCCAAAAACCAAUUUGGAUGACCCUGCCACCACACUUUUUCAGGCGAACUUGUUUCCAGCAGCCCUGGUGUAUUUCGGCUCUGAUGUCAAGGCAGAUUAUUAUUUACAGAAGCAGCUGCUGGAUUCCAAAGUUCCUCCUCGGCAGGCGGACGAUGCUGUAGCUGGCUGCAUGCCCAGGUCGCCGACCCCAUCAUCCACUUCAGCAGAUUCGGAAGAGUUUUUUCCGCCCCCCUUGGAUUCAAACGCGCCGGCCAAUCGGCAGAGCACAGCGGCAGACCAGCCCCAGCCACAGACUAACAGCCAAGCGCCAAAACCAGUUAAGACUGAUCCCAGCAAAGUGCCCAAGUGGCUCAAGCUCCCAGGAAAGAAAUGAAAAUGCACUUCCUGAGAAGGGGUUCCAGAACUUAAUUUAAACAAUGAAAUUUUGGAUCAUGCUAAAGUUCACCAAGAGUAGCUUUAGAAAUUGAGGAUUUCAAAUUGACUUGAUGUUUUACAUUAAAAGAUGUAAUUUGCUGCAAUCAUGA